AUGCUAGACCCAGCCUUGAAAGGAGUUACUCCAAAUUUUAUAAGGGAAAUACAACACAGAAAUGAAGUUUUCAUUGAAAUUCAAGAUUUAUUAGCUGAGGUGAAUAAUUUUCUAAACGAAAGCGCAAGUUUACAGUCGAACCUCAUUAUAAAAUGCCUACCCACUAGAUUAGCGAGGAGGUAA